ACCAGCGACAGCAAGGAGUCCAUGUGGGGGUUCGUCAGGAGCCUGCUGGACGCCUGCUCGGGCUGGGUGGUCCUGCUGCUCAUCGGCCUGCUGGCAGGCACCUUGGCUGGGGUCAUCGAUCUUGCCGUCGACUGGAUGACAGACCUGAAGGAAGGUGUCUGCCUGUCUGCCUUCUGGUACAACCACGAGCAGUGCUGCUGGACUUCCAAUGAAACCACUUUUGAGGACAGAGACAAGUGUCCACAGUGGCAGAAAUGGUCGGAGCUGCUGGUGAAUCAGUCGGAGGGUGCCAGUGCUUACAUUCUGAAUUACUUAAUGUACAUCCUGUGGGCGUUGCUGUUUGCGUUUCUGGCCGUCUCCUUGGUGCGUGUGUUUGCGCCAUAUGCCUGUGGCUCUGGCAUACCCGAGGUGAGUCGUGGCUGAACUUCUUUUGUACCAAUAAUAAGAAUAGCAAACACUUCCGUAGCACUGUUGUGCCAAGCACAGUUCCGAGCAUGGACUCAUUGUACUAACUCAUUUCCUCCUCACAGUAGACUAUGAGGCAGGUGCUAUUAUUGUGCAUUUGGGAGUUGAAGAAACUAGC